AUGGGCAAGUUUGAUGACAACGAGAGGAUAAUCCUCAACGUCGGGGGUACGAGGCACGAGACGUAUAAGAGUACUCUAAAGACCCUGCCGGGGACGCGCUUGGCCCUGCUCGCCUCCGACUCCGACCUGAGUUCGGUGCUGGAUCAGCUGCAACAAGUCCCUGGCUUCAUCGAGUACAAUGCGCGGACCAACGAGUACUUCUUCGACCGCCACCCGGGCGUCUUCGCCUACGUGCUCAACUACUACCGCACGGGGAAGCUCCACUGCCCGGCGGAUGUGUGCGGACCUCUGUUCGAGGAGGAGCUCUCCUUUUGGGGUAUCGAUGAGACGGACGUGGAACCGUGCUGCUGGAUGACGUACCGGCAGCACCGCGAUGCCGAGGAGGCGCUGGACGUGUUCGAGCUCAACGUGGAUACCGGGGAGCAGGAGGACGACGACGUGGGGAAGAGGCUCGGAAUCGAGGACGUGCAGACCGCCGACGGGAGUGGCAGCCUAUGGAGGAAGUGGCAACCGGUAGUCUGGAAUCUUUUCGAGGACCCCUAUUCAUCCAGGGCGGCCAGGUUUAUUGCCUUUGCGUCUUUGUUCUUCAUCCUGGUUUCCAUUACCACCUUCUGCUUGGAGACCCACGAGGCGUUCCACACCAUCAUCAACAAGACGGAGGCCACGCGGAACAGUAGCCUGCCGGAUCUGGGACCGCAGUACGAGAUUGAGACCGACCCCGCUCUCACAUAUGUGGAAGGCGUUUGCGUCUUCUGGUUCACCAUUGAGUUCCUGGUGCGGGUGACCUUCUGCCCGGUCAAGUUGGAAUUUGUUAAGAGUCUGCUUAACAUCAUCGACUUUGUGGCGAUCCUUCCGUUCUACUUGGAAGUAGGCCUGAGUGGCCUUUCCUCAAAAGCUGCCAAGGAUGUGUUGGGAUUCCUCAGGGUGGUGCGUUUUGUUCGUAUCCUUCGUAUCUUUAAGCUAACCCGUCACUUUGUGGGCCUUCGAGUAUUAGGCCACACGCUGCGAGCCAGCACCAAUGAAUUCCUGUUACUAAUCAUCUUCCUGGCGUUGGGAGUGUUGAUAUUCGCCACCAUGAUCUAUUACGCCGAACGCAUUGGCGCUAAGCCCAAUGAUCCCACGGCUAGCCUCCACACAAAAUUCAAGAACAUCCCCAUCGGCUUCUGGUGGGCCGUGGUGACCAUGACCACUCUGGGAUACGGCGACAUGUAUCCAAAGACGUGGUCUGGCAUGGUCGUGGGCGCGCUUUGCGCUUUGGCUGGAGUGCUUACGAUAGCCAUGCCAGUGCCUGUGAUCGUCAAUAACUUUGGGAUGUACUACUCCUUGGCUAUGGCCAAGCAGAAGCUCCCCAAGAAGCGGAAGAAACAUAUUCCUCAGGCAGUCCAGGGAGGGUCCCCGACCUACUGCAAAGCAGAUCUCACCACCACCUGUAACAGCACUCAAGGUGACCUGUGCCACGUCAAAGGCGGGAGGGUACUUGAACGCAACCGCUCAGGUAAGCCAAGAAUCGCAGUUCUGUCAGCGGACUGUAGCGGUGGCAGCGACCUGACCAUGUCUCCAGAGGAGAGGGUCCCCAUGCGAAGGUCGAGCACCCGGGAACAAGACCGCCGGAGUGGGGGGACGUGUUUUCUACUCGCUGCUAGUGAUUAUAACUGUCCCGCAGAUGGAGGCAUAAGAAAGACAGGCUACGAGAAAUCUCGGAGUUUAAACAACAUAGCGGGCGUGACCGGUAACGCCCUCAGGUUGUCUCCAGUCACCUCUCCGUACGGAUCACCCUGCCCACUCCGGCGCUCCCGUUCCCCUAUUCCCUCCAUCCUGUGA